AUGCAUAUUGCAAAGGGGAAUAACUUAGAUGAUCAUCAUGUUUACAUACAUUACAUACAUUACAUAACCUCUACAGAGAGAGAGAGAGAGAAUAGUAUAGAGGAGGUAGACUAUAUAACAACAACAACAACAAAAAUCAUGCCACCAAUAAUCUACACCCGUAAUAUCCUCUUAAUAAUAAAUGAGUUGAUAGAAAGAAUCAACCCAAAAUAUCAAUCUAGAACACCAAGUAUCAAAAGGUUAAUGUCAUCAAGAUAUAUUGCCAUAGAUUUGGAGGACUUGUUAGAGGUCAAAAGAAGAUUCUUGUUUAAGAAAUGGAAGUUCACAUAUGCCCUAAAGCACAAUCAUUUCCAAAGCUUCCAAGCAGACUGUCUUCCAAAUAUAAUCACGUACAAAAGAAUUGACAAUGAACCCAUGUCCUUAAAAGUCCCAUUCUUUGAGGAAUGUCAAGGACUAUACAUCUACUAUCAACACAUAAAGUAUGUGAUAGUUCCUCACGAUCAUCCACGUGUUGCUGAUGCCAAUGAUCUCAUUGAAGAAAUCAAUACCCACAUCAAGACUCUUGCCGUUCCACGCCAGUUGGAAAAUCUACUUACUCCUGCCACCAACCACAAUGAUCAAUUGAAAGAACACGAUCGUUCGCAUAGCGAUCGUCACUCUGGUGAUCAUCGUGAUCGUGGCCGUUCACGUGAACGUUCACAUAGCGACUGA